AUGGCGACAGCAACAGGAAUAGACAGUAGCAACAAGAUCGCUUCAGUAGAAAUAACAUCAGACGAAGAUAAUCCAAGCAAAGCAUUCGCCAUUGCUCCAAAUGGCAAUAUCGUUGACAAUGGCCUCCAACGCGGUCUCAAAAGCCGCCAUCUCACUAUGAUAUCCUUUGGCGGCGUCGUCGGCGCUUCGAUCUGGUACGGUGUUGGUUUCGCAGUCGCCUACUCCGGCCCCAUUGGCGCUCUGAUCUGUUUCUUCAUCAUCGGCGUCGAUGUGUAUUUCGUGAUGCAAUGUUUGGGAGAGAUGUCGACCCUCUUUCCUGUUCAAGGAGCUUUUAUCGAACUUGCUGGGAGAUUUGUGGAUGAGAGUUUGAGUUUCAGUUUGGGAUGGAACUAUUUCUAUCUAUGGGUGACGAAUAUCGCUGCUGAUUUCAAUGCUAGCUCGAUCAUCAUGGGCUACUGGACGCAAUCCGUCCCGACCUACGCCUGGAUCCUCCUCUGGUGGGCAUUCUACCAAUGCACAUCUCUCCUCGGAGUCGUCGUCUGGGGCGAGAUGGAGUUUUGGCUUGCAUGCUGGAAACUCACAUGUAUCCUGGGUGGAUUUCUGUGCGCGAUCUUGAUCAACACCGGCGCCGUGGGUGGAGACUACAUUGGUUUCAGGUAUUGGAAAACACCCGGCCCCAUCGCAAACGGCAUCGAAGGCUUUGGACAGUGUUUCUUGCUGGCAGCAGUAUACUAUUGCGGGACGGAAAUGCUCGCUAUCACGGCUGCCGAGAGUAAAUAUCCGGCGAGGGAUCUACCAAAGGCGAUCAAACAGACUUUCUGGCGAGUUUUGUACAUCUUCAUGGGUCUCGUCUUCUUCGCUGGAAUCAUAGUCUCAUCCGACGACCCCGAUCUUCUCACUGCAAAGAGCAAAUCCGGCAAGUCCCCUUGGACCAUCGCAUUCACCCACGCCGGUGUACCUCAAAUGGGUCAUGUGGUCAACGUAGUCAUGAUCACAGCCCAACUAUCCUCGAUGAACAGCGCCCUCUACGUCGCCUCUCGCAGUCUAGUCAACCUCGCCUCCACAGGUCGUGCUCCUCGGUUUUUCGCAAAAACUACCAAAAGCGGCACUCCCGUUUACGCUCUCGUCUUCUCUAAUGCCCUCGGCCUCAUCGCCAUGCUCAACUAUCGCGUCGGCACGGGAAAAAUUUUCACUUAUGUGGUGAAUAUUGCAGGAUCGGCUACUUAUAUCGCUUGGGCCUGCAUCGGCAUAAUCCACAUCCGCUUCCGCCUCGCCUGGACAGCCCAAGGCAACUCCAUCAGCUCUCUCCCCUUCCGCGCCCUCUUCUACCCCUAUGGCACGAUAUUUGUAAUUUUCAUCAACACCUUCCUCGUCUUCAUCGCCGGAUACGCCGAUUUUGUUCGAGGCUUCCAUGCGGUGGAUUUUGUGAUUAAUUAUGUCGUGAUUGCCGUUUUUGCGCUGUUGUAUGUCGGGUGGAAAAUUGUGAAGAAAACUACUAUCGUGCCGUUGUUGGAGGUCGAUUUGCUGAGUGGGAGGAGGGAGAGGUUGGGUGAGGAGGGGGAGAGGUAUGAUGGUGGGGAUGCGGAUGCUGAUGUGGAGGUGGGAGGGGAGGAAAACAAAAGAGUGGCGUGGUAUGUGAAGGUGAAGAGGUCUGUGUUUGCGUGA